UGACUUUAAUACGAACUUCAAAUUUAAUGAGGCCUCCUCUUCCUUGAACGCAAAGGAAGUUUCUUCGUUGGAAAACGCUGUCUCCAAUUCACAUCUCUCUCUUUCUCUUUCCCUCUGUACACACAUACGUAUACGUAUAUAUAUUAACACUAUAUUUCAUUUAUGUCUUCGAUGGUCCUAUGAUCUUUAAUCUCCAUGGCGACGACUAGAGUCUCACAUGUCUUAGGGUUUCUUCUAUGGAUCUCUCUUCUCAUCUUCGUCUCCAUAGGGUUGUUUGGCAAUUUCAGCUCCAAACCCAUAAACCCUUUUCCUUCUCCGGUUAUUACCUUGCCGGCCCUUUACUACCGGCCGGGAAGAAGAGCUUUGGCGGUGAAAACGUUUGACUUCACACCGUUCUUGAAAGAUCUUCGCCGGAGUAAUCAUCGGAAAGCUUUGCCGGCGGGAGGAUCCGAGAUUGACCCGAGAUAUGGCGUUGAAAAACGACUCGUCCCAUCUGGUCCAAACCCCUUGCACCACUGAUUUGUCUUCUUAAUUUUUGCUUUAAGUUUUCUUUAUUUUUUCAAAGAUAUAGUAAAACACGUAUAUUUUACUAAUACUAGAAGAUUAAUUCAUAAGAUAUUAGCUAAUAUUCUUUCUUGGUAUGUAUAUGUCUUGAAUUAUUUAUUCUUCUUUGUCAUGUGAUUUAUUUUUUUUCACUUCUGGUGUAAUGAUGUAAUUUACUCAUCUUUUUAUUCUUUCUUCAUUUGAUACUAAUCGUUGUAAUAAUAAAGCAUCAUGUAAGCAGAAAUAAAAGAAAAGAUCAUGUACACAUUUGUUUAAAUGCCAAAAAAGAAGUUAGCACC